UUCUGGAGGAAUGUGACGUCAUGAGCUUGGAGGUGGAAACGCCGCCAGCUCCAAGCUGAGGAGCAUCAGUGACGACUGGAAACUUUCAGCGUUCAUCAUCUGAAACCUCAACUUGAUUGUUUGUUUGUUUUUUUCAUCACCAAAAGCUGACAGUUUGUUUCCAGCGGUGUGUGAUGGCUCGAUGACGUCACAGAAGCACGAGGAGAGUCGUGUUUCCUUCAGGGUCUUUGACCAGCGCGGCUGAAAGGAACAAAGAAGAUCCUGGAGAAAAGGCUCCUUCAAAGGACAGAGUGCCGCCCGGGGGCCGCCCCCCCCCCCCCCACAGGAGAGGACUCGGACACAAAGGCAGAGAAGGCGAGGAGCUGGUCACGUGGGAGGACGGCUUUGGGAGAGACAAGGAGAGAGGGGGGGGGGGGGCAUUCUUUGAAAAGGACAUUCAAAGCGUGAAGAAGAGCUGGAGUCCAGAGUCUUCAUCAAUCUCCCACAUAAUCCCCGCCCACAAAUCAGAGACUCCUGCCGCUCUGCAGAAACUAUGUCCUAGAAAACAGAACUAAAACGUCAGAGGAUGAAAAGGGAACUGGGAACGCUCUGAAAACAGAUCAGAGGACUCGACCUCUGAGACCGGUGGGUGUGAAGGGUUCCCUGGAGAACCCAGAGAACAUAUUGGUUCCGCAUGGAGAUAUUUGCACAAAUGUUCCUUAGAAGAGUUCACGUCCCUGUGUUUUUGGAGGGGGGGGGUGUCUCUGAAUGCUGACUGACAGCACAGAAAUGCAACCGCCGUGCGCGCGCUUUGUGCCACAAACGGAGCGCGUCUCCGCUGCUGGAGAGAGGGAGGGAGCGCAUCUCUCUCUCCUCUCAGACGUGUUUCGGUUUUCCGCGGCGGCUGAGCGCGCGAGCCUCACUCCUGACGUCAGGAGUGAUCAUCGCGGCUGCUCUCUAAUCCGGGUCUGCGUCUCUUCCCGCGGUCUGGAUGUUGACAUCUCUCCCAGCUGCGGCGCUCCGGAGCGGCGGCGUUCCACGCAUGCCCCCGCGCGCGGAGCAGCCGUGAUCCAGAGCUCAGCUCCGCGCGCACAGCCCCCCCCCCCCCCCCCCCCCCUGUAUCCGGACUCAAACCUGCGGGAUGUUCGGGCUCCACGCGCCCCCUCAGCUUCUGCUUCAGUGACCGUGGAUGGCAGCGGCAUGGAGAUCGCCUUGGUGAGCUUUGAAAACGGCGGCGCCAAAGGCGGCGGCGGGAAUGCCGAGGAGAACUGCCGGCACGCGCUGGAGGUCCCUCAACCGGGCUUCGUCCAAACGGCGCUGGGAGAGGAGCGCGGGAAGGAGCUGAACACCCGCGGGAGCCCCCGGCAGCAGCUGAGCCCCUGGAAGAUCAACGACAUGAACACCACGCUGAGCUGCAGCGAGAACGCCAUGGAUGCGCUUUUACGCGCGGACCACAGCCCCCACCUGUUCGACGAGGACCUGCUGGACAUGGACGUGGACGCGGAGAGCAACGAGCGGGUGCUCAUCAACAUCGCCGGGCUGAGGUACGAAACCCAGCUGGGCACUCUGAACCAGUUCCCGGAAACGCUGCUGGGAGACCCGGCCAAGAGGAUCAAGUACUUCGACCCGCUCCGGAACGAGUACUUCUUCGACCGGAACCGGCCCAGUUUCGACGGGAUUCUGUACUUUUAUCAGUCCGGGGGGAAGAUCCGCAGACCCGUCAACGUGUCCAUCGACGUGUUCGCCGACGAGAUCCGGUUCUACCAGCUGGGAGAAGAGGCCAUGGAGCGGUUCCGCGAGGACGAGGGCUUCAUCAAGGAGGAGGAGAAGCCGCUGCCCCAGAACGAGUUCCAGAAGCAGGUCUGGCUCAUCUUCGAGUACCCGGAGAGUUCGAGUCCGGCGCGGGGCAUCGCCAUCGUGUCCGUGAUCGUCAUCACCAUUUCCAUCAUCACCUUCUGCCUGGAGACGCUGCCGGAGUUCCGGGACGAGCGCGAGCUGGCCGUGAGCGUCCGGCCGGACAACGGCACGGCGCCGCGGCCCUCCCUCACCUUCUCGGACCCGUUCUUCAUCGUCGAGACCACCUGCGUCAUCUGGUUCACCUUCGAGCUGUUCGUGCGCUUCUUCGCGUGUCCCAGCAAGUCGGAGUUCUCCAAGACCAUCAUGAACAUCAUCGACAUCAUGUCCAUCAUGCCUUACUUCAUCACGGUGGGCACGGAGCUGGCGGAGCAGCAGGGCCAGGAGCACCAGAACGGCCAGCAGGCCAUGUCUCUGGCCAUCCUGAGGGUCAUCCGCCUGGUCCGGGUCUUCCGGAUCUUCAAGCUGUCCCGCCACUCCAAGGGGCUGCAGAUCCUGGGCCAGACUCUGAAAGCCAGCAUGCGCGAACUGGGGCUGCUCAUCUUCUUCCUCUUCAUCGGAGUCAUCCUCUUCUCCAGCGCCGUGUACUUCGCCGAGGCGGACGAGCCCGAGUCCCACUUCUCCAGCAUCCCCGACGCCUUCUGGUGGGCCGUGGUUACCAUGACGACGGUGGGCUACGGGGACAUGCGGCCGGUGACGGUCGGGGGGAAGAUCGUGGGCUCGCUGUGCGCCAUCGCGGGGGUUCUGACCAUCGCGCUGCCGGUUCCGGUCAUCGUGUCCAACUUCAACUACUUCUACCACCGCGAGACCGACCAGGACCAGUCCUCCCUGAAGGACGAGCCCGCAAGCGGCCGCGCCAGCCCCGAGCCGCGGCGCCGGGGCAGCCGGGCCUCCGCCAAGUCCCAGGACGCGGAGAAGAACGAGGGGGGCGACGGGGGGGAGAAGAACAUGAAGGCGAACAGCAGCGUGGACUUCAAGAAGUCCCUGUACGCCUUCUGCCUGGACACGCGCGAGACAGACCUGUAGACCCGGACCCGCCCGAGCCCGCAGAACCGCCCCCCAGCCUCACCCCCCUCCCCCGGGCUGCACAGGCUCAAAGGUCUCAACCCUCAACCUCAACUGUCCGCGCGUGCUCGAUUAAGGAAAAAACUUGCGCGUGAGCUAGUGGGAAACGGGAGUGAGGCGCGCGCGCAGCCGUCAGGAUAUGGGAUCAUUUCUGGACACGCAGAGGAUUAACGGAAUCUGAACAUGAACCUCGAGUGGGUCUCACGCUCACGCGCACAGACUUCAGACGAAAACAGAGGAUCUUUUUUCACGGAUUUUCCUUUUCCUGUUUGAAACUUUCAAAUCGAACUUUUCUGACAAACUGAGUGGAAGUACGACAGGAGCGGGGAGCACGUGCACGGAGGAGGCGCGCACACAUCAGAGGGCCAGCACCACCCACCCCCGCCCCCACCUGAAGAGGAGGAAGUCCCUCCUCCAGGAAGCAGCGGCUGCACUUCCACACCUGGGAAGUCUGUGCCUUCGACCAACGUUCCCGCUCAAACGUCCGGUUGUCCCUCGGGUUGGGGUGGAGCGGCUGCCUGAUGGAGUCCGGCUGGAGCUGCGGGGGUGGAAGAGCGAUGGGAACCAUCUGUUUGGCGUUUUUUACGCCCCGCUGGUUUUGGUGAUGACUGACUUGAGUGGAGAAGAAAUCCCUCUCUGUGCAAUACGAGUCCAUCUCAGUGUGACGCUGUCGUGUGGACGGACUCUCCGUUUAUUUUUGUAUCGCUGUUUUCCUGAUUUCUAUUUUUCUAAAAGACUGAAAAAAAAAACAACAAUGGGGGGGUCAUCCGCCUGAUGGACGGCUUCCUCUGACCCACCCCGUCCUGUGGCGACCAGCGCCAAAGCCAUAUCUGAAACAACCCUGUGCCACGUGACUUUAAACGCCCCACCAGCGGGAUGCAUUCGGGGUCCUCCGGACACCACAGCCUUGUUGUGUCUCCAGGAGCUUGAAGUGUUGAACCCCCCCGGUGUCACCACCUCUCACUAUUUUUUUACUUCCUCCAACAUAUCAGAUCUCCUCAGGAGGCGCGGGGGGGGGGCUUUUUUUCCAUCAAAAGUUUAAAACCAGAUUUAAGUUUUGGGGAAAACUGUAUUUUCAACAAUUUCCGAAUAUUGUGACGUGAUUUUUAGAGAAAAGUGGAAAAAAACUUGGUUUAUUUGUGUAUUAACCAAAAAAAGUGAACAUUUACUCAGGAAAUGACCUUUGACCCGCACCUGCACCCGUUUGAGGCCCAACGACGUCACCAGAAACCUCCGAGCUUUGGACCGUCUCCGUCCUGGACCAGAACCAAAGCGGAGGGUUUUUUGUCGUAUCAAAGCUUUUGUUGUUCCGAUGUUUGACUUCCAGAACAAAGAACAAGUGAAGCCGCCUUUGUGCUUUUAGAUGGUUCCUUCUCUCUGAGGCUGCGUUCUUCCACCUAGAACCUUCGUGAGUCCACGUGUUCCCUGUGAUUGUCAGUCUCAUGGAUCUUUGUUCCUCAGACGUUCUUCACUGUGAGACGUUCACUCAGAAACACUUUUCUCAACUGAACGCAGCUCAGGUCCAGGCUGGACGUCCAGGUCAGCUGGGAGGAGGUCUGCAGACUCCAUGUCCCAUGAUGCAUUUUGUUCAGAAAAGGUUUGUAAAAGUCUCCAGCAAAAGAACAAAUAUGCAAAAGUCAGUUAUUGGAAAACGUUAAAUCAGCUGUGAGCCGAAAAGACCAGAACCAAACCUGAAGAGGAACUGGUCCGAUAGAACCAUAAACCUGAAUUUGUUCCAGAGAAACGAUGAGUCCAGAACAGAACAGAAACUAGUUUACCCAAAGAACCGCUCAUAGUACCCCGGGGAGGGGCAAAUACCUUCUGACUGAUCUGUGAGUGAAACGGAAAACUCUGCUCCGAAUUUACGGAGAUCAUGGAACGUUCCUGAGCUUCUGAGGAACACAAGGAAAAACCAACAAACGUAAACAAAGGUCCACGAAGGUUUGAGGGUUCACAGUCAGUCUGAGGUUCCUGCAGGUUAGUCAGAAGGUUCUUGAUCAGUCAGUCUGAGGUUCCUGCAGGUUAGUCAGAAGGUUCUUGAUCAGUCAGUCUGAAGGUUAGUCAGAAGGUUCUUGAUCAGUCAGUCUGAAGGUUAGUCAGAAGGUUCUUGAUCAAUCAGUCUGAGGUUCCUGAAGGUUAGUCAGAAGGUUCUUGAUCAGUCAGUCUGAAGGUUAGUCAGAAGGUUCUUGAUCAAUCAGUCUGAGGUUCCUGAAGGUUAGUCAGAAGGUUCUUGAUCAGUCAGUCUGAGGUUCCUGAAGGUUAGUCAGAAGGUUCUUGAUCAGUCAGUCUGAAGGUUAGUCAGAAGGUUCUUGAUCAGUCAGUCUGAAGGUUAGUCAGAAGGUUCUUGAUCAGUCAGUCUGAGGUUCCUGAAGGUUAGUCAGAAGGUUCUUGAUCAGUCAGUCUGAGGUUCCUGAAGGUUAGUCAGAAGGUUCUUGAUCAGUCAGUCUGAGGUUCCUGAAGGUUAGUCAGAAGGUUCUUGAUCAGUCAGUCUGAGGUUCCUGAAGGUUAGUCAGAAGGUUCUUGAUCAGUCAGUCUGAGGUUCCUGAAGGUUAGUCAGAAGGUUCUUGAUCAGUCAGUCUGAGGUUCCUGCAGGUUAGUCAGAAGGUUCUUGAUCAGUCAGUCUGAGGUUCCUGCAGGUUAGUCAGAAGGUUCUUGAUCAGUCAGUCUGAGGUUCCUGCAGGUUAGUCAGAAGGUUCUUGAUCAGUCAGUCUGAAGGUUAGUCAGAAGGUUCUUGAUCAAUCAGUCUGAGGUUCCUGCAGGUUAGUCAGAAGGUUCUUGAUCAGUCAGUCUGACGUUCCUGCAGGUUAGUCAGAAGGUUCUUGAUCAAUCAGUCUGAGGUUCCUGCAGGUUAGUCAGAAGGUUCUUGAUCAGUCAGUCUGAGGUUCCUGCAGGUUAGUCAGAAGGUUCUUGAUCAAUCAGUCUGAGGUUCCUGCAGGUUAGUCAGAAGGUUCUUGAUCAGUCAGUCUGAGGUUCCUGAAGGUUAGUCAGAAGGUUCUUGAUCAGUCAGUCUGAGGUUCCUGCAGGUUAGUCAGAAGGUUCUUGAUCAAUCAGUCUGAGGUUCCUGCAGGUUAGUCAGAAGGUUCUUGAUCAAUCAGUCUGAGGUUCCUGCAGGUUAGUCAGAAGGUUCUUGAUCAAUCAGUCUGAGGUUCCUGCAGGUUAGUCAGAAGGUUCUUGAUCAGUCAGUCUGAGGUUCCUGCAGGUUAGUCAGAAGGUUCUUGAUCAAUCAGUCUGAGGUUCCUGCAGGUUAGUCAGAAGGUUCUUGAUCAGUCAGUCUGAGGUUCCUGCAGGUUAGUCAGAAGGUUCUUGAUCAGUCAGUCUGAAGGUUAGUCAGAAGGUUCUUGAUCAAUCAGUCUGAGGUUCCUGCAGGUUAGUCAGAAGGUUCUUGAUCAGUCAGUCUGAAGGUUAGUCAGAAGGUUCUUGAUCAAUCAGUCUGAGGUUCCUGCAGGUUAGUCAGAAGGUUCUUGAUCAAUCAGUCUGAGGUUCCUGCAGGUUAGUCAGAAGGUUCUUGAUCAAUCAGUCUGAGGUUCCUGCAGGUUAGUCAGAAGGUUCUUGAUCAAUCAGUCUGAGGUUCCUGAAGGUUAGUCAGAAGGUUCUUGAUCAGUCAGUCUGAAGGUUAGUCAGAAGGUUCUUGAUCAAUCAGUCUGAGGUUCCUGCAGGUUAGUCAGAAGGUUCUUGAUCAGUCAGUCUGAAGGUUAGUCAGAAGGUUCUUGAUCAAUCAGUCUGAGGUUCCUGAAGGUUAGUCAGAAGGUUCUUGAUCAGUCAGUCUGAAGGUUAGUCAGAAGGUUCUUGAUCAGUCAGUCUGAGGUUCCUGCAGGUUAGUCAGAAGGUUCUUGAUCAGUCAGUCUGAAGGUUAGUCAGAAGGUUCUUGAUCAGUCAGUCUGAGGUUCCUGCAGGUUAGUCAGAAGGUUCUUGAUCAGUCAGUCUGAAGGGUCCUGCCCUUUUCCAGAUUUCACCUUGAAGUUCUUGUUUGUCUGCUCUCCUCUCCCCUCUGGUUCUUCCUGAACUCACGUACGCUCUAGUGAGGGUUUGGUUCCGCUUGUGCUUCUCAGGGAACCAUCGUUCUCUUCAGAAACAUGGAGAGAUUUGAAAGAUCUGCUGUCAGGGAGCUGUUCACCCAGAACCGGACCUUUAGGACCAUAAGAUUAUCAUGAUGCACAAACUUCCUCAGGGUUCUUCUGUGAACUUUAUGUCCAGCAGAAAAAUCAAACUUAAUCAGAACUUUUGACACGUGGACCAGAACAUGGCUGAAGGUCCUGGUCUGGAUUCUGGUUUGAGAGUCGUGGCUGACCUUUGCUGAGUCGGCUGUAAGCAGACAGGGACAUCUAUGACCCAGAAGGUCCAGACUGGAUCUACAUCUGCUGGUGUCAGCGCGGUCCAUGUCUGAGCAGAAAGUUCCUUUUCACUGCAGACACCGUCCACCAACUGUGGGCGGAGUCUGGAUGGUCCACGCUCCGCCCUCAUCCUUCAGGGCUGAGACAGCCAAACUUCUGGGAAGAAGCCAAACCUGUGUGGACCGGGUUAAAGAGGUUCUGCUGCCGUCUCCUCCUGUUCAUCUCUGAAGAAUUCUGUCUGUUCAAAUGUUGGUUGUUUAUGCAGAAGACUUAAGAAAUAAAGGAAGAAACCCACAGG